AUGAAACAUAAUACAUUGGUUCAUUUUGAAGAGACUAAUACAAUUCCUAGCACAUCGGGUUCAAAUAUGACGGUGGCUAAUUAUUCGACGAAAAAUAUUAAUACAAAAUUACAGCCACAAGUAAUUUUAGCAACAGCUGUUAUAAAAGUAGAAAACUCGUGCGGGGAGUUCAUAGAAUGUCGGUGUCUUUUAGAUUGCGGGGCACAGAGUAAUUUUAUUACGGCAGAUACCUGCAAAAGGCUAGGUACAAAACUAGACAAAACAAAUUACACAGUUAUGGGCGUCGGGCAGAUAGAGACCAAUAUUCGGUUCUCAACAAAUGUUAAUUUUAAAUCUACAAAUAACUCAUUUAAAUCCAAUAUAAAUUGUUUAGUGCUAGAAAAAAUAACAGAACCACUUCCAUUAGUUUCCAUAGGUAACAAUUUUAAAAUUCCGACAAAUAUUUUCUUAGCUGAUCCGGAAUACAAUAAGACGCGGAAUAUAGAUAUACUUUUAGGGGCUGAUAUGUUUUGGAAACUUUUAUCGGUAGGUAGAAUUAAAUUAGGUGAUAACGCACCGUUUUUACAGAAAACUUUAUUAGGUUGGAUAUUAGUUGGGUCGUUUUCUCCGAAUUGCACGUAUUCAAAAAAUUCAAAACAUUCAACAAAUUUAUUGGCAUUGAAUAAUUGUGAUCUCAGUCAACAAUUAGAAAAAUUUUGGCAAUUAGAAGAAAUAAAAAACGAUAUUAGUAAUUUAACUGACGACGAAACGUUUUGUGAAAAUCAUUUUAUAACAAAUUUUAAACGCGAUUCUACUGGUAGAUUUAUAGUGAAAAUUCCUUUUAAAGAUAACAAAGUUCACUUAGGAGAUUCUAAAAGUCAUGCUGUUCAAAGAUUUCUGACACUUGAACGUAAAUUUCACAAAAAUAGUUUAUUAAAAGUAGAUUACGUAAAUUUUAUUAACGAAUAUAUUCAGUUAGGACAUAUGUCUGAAGUUAAGAAUUUUAAGAUUAAGUCAAAUAAUCAAUAUUUCUUGCCACAUCGCACAGUAAGGAAUAAAUAUAGUUUAAAAACAAAACCGAGAGAUGUUUUUCAAAGUUCGGGAAAGUCUUCAAGCGCCUUGCCAAUGUGUGAUGUUCAUUAUACGGGAACGUCAAUUCGAAAUGACUUAUUUACAAAAAUGUUAAGAUUUAGAAUGCCUACAUAUGCUUCAUUAGGCGAUACUUCAAAAAUUUAUCGGCAAAUAAUAAUUAAUGAAAACGGUAGACAAAUUCCAACAGAUAAUUCAAAAACUUGUGAAUUAAAUACGGUCACAUAUGGUACAGCACCUGGAUCAUUUUUAGCUAUACGUUAUCUUAAACAAUUGGCAAAAUAA